CCCCGAUGCAUGUUGGGAAACGUAGUCCCGCUGCUUCCACAUUCACAUGCGGCCCCCCGAUGCGUGGUGGGAGAUGUAGUUCUGUGUGUGGAGCCGGCUCAGAGGUAACCGCGCACCGGGCAGGACGGUCCCGGCUGCUCAGCAGCACUCCGCCGGAAGGGACGCUGCUUAGAGCCCGUGGCCCCAGGUCGGCCUUGGUCCCGCAGUGAGGCAGCCCCCGGGGGGCUUGCAGCCCCACCCGAGGCCCUGGGCAGCUGAGGGGUGCGCACAGUUUCCUAGGAAAAAAGAACAGGAGGACUUGCGGCACCUGAGAGACUAACCAAUUUAUUUGAGCAUCAGCUUUCGUGAGCUACAGCUCACUUCAUCGGAUGCAUUCAGUUUCCUAGGAGAAUUUUAUUUUGUCUUCAGUCCCUCAAGGGCGAACGAGAGGCUUGGGCCUUAGCCCUACAAGCGGCUCCACGAAGCUCACGUCCUGCAGAAUUCCUCUUGCUAUAACUGGUGAGGUACUGAGAAUUUCUGCUUGUGAUGGCAGAGGAUCAGGAGCUGACUCAGCCAUGCAAGACUCCCCUGGAGCCCUCCCUCCAGCAGUGCACCAGCAACACUUACCGCAGUGUAGAGCACUCCCAGUCCUUACUCAGCGGCCUGGUAGCUCUCCGAGAUAGUGGUAUCCUUUUUGAUGUAGUCCUGGUAGUGGAAGGGAAACCUAUUGAAGCUCAUCGGAUACUUCUAGCUGCGUCAUGUGACUAUUUCAGAGGAAUGUUUGCUGGUGGUCUAAGAGAGAUGGAACAGGAAGAGAUUCGUAUUCAUGGAGUCUCCUACAAUGCUAUGUGUAAAAUCCUGAACUUCAUAUACACCUCUGAACUGGAACUCAGCCUGAACAAUGUGCAAGAAACGCUAACUGCCGCCUGCCAACUUCAGAUUCCAGAAGUCAUUAAGUUCUGUUGUGAUUUUCUCAUGUCCUGGGUGGAUGAGGAGAACAUCUUGGAUGUAUACAAAUUAGCUGACCUCUUUGACUUGAAUCAGUUGAGCGAGCAGCUGGACUCCUACAUUCUCAAGAACUUUGUAGCUUUCUCAAAGACAGAGAUAUACCGCCAGCUACCCCUGGAGAAGGUCUACUCCCUACUGAGCAGCAACCUCUUGGAGGUCAACUGUGAGAAUGAGGUUUAUGAAGGGGUGCUUCUGUAUCAUUACACCCUAGAACAGGUAGAGACAGAUCAGGUCUCACUGAUGGAGCCUCCUAAGCUACUGGAAACAGUCCGCUUCCCCCUGAUGGAGCUCCAGAUCCUGCAAAGGCUCCAUGACAAAUUAAGCCCAUGUCCAUUAAGAGAGACUGUAGCCGAUGCACUAAUGUACCACAAGAAUGAAUGUCUUCAGCCCAUGCUUCAAACCUCACAGACACAGGUGAGGUCAGAGUUCCACUGUGUAGUGGGCUUUGGAGGGAUGCACUCCACUCCAUCCACAGCCCUCAGUGACCAAGCCAAGUUCUUGAACCCCAUAUUGGGAGAGUGGAGGCACUUUACUGCUGCAUUAGCCCCCAGAAUGUCCAACCAAGGAAUUGCUGUUUUCAACAACUUUGUAUACUUGAUUGGGGGAGAUAACAACGUACGAGGUUUUCGAGCAGAGUCCAGGUGUUGGAGGUAUGACCCACGACACAACAAAUGGUUCCAGAUCCAGUCCCUGCAGCAAGAGCAUGCUGACCUCUGUGUCUGUGUUGUGGACAAAUAUAUAUAUGCUGUCGCAGGGCGAGAUUAUCAUGAAGACCUAAGGGAAGUAGAGAGGUAUGAUCCAAAAACCAACACGUGGGAAUACAUGGCACCGCUGAGGAAGGAGGUGUAUGCACAUGCUGGAGCAGCACUGGAUGGAAAGAUGUAUAUUUCAUGUGGGAGGAGAGGAGAUGAUUAUUUGAAGGAACUACACUGUUAUGAUCCAGGGGCUGACCGCUGGGACAGCUUAGCUGAUGGUCCAGUCAGACGUGCCUGGCAUGGGAUGGCUGCACUUCUGGGAAAGCUGUACGUGAUGGGAGGUAGCAACAAUGACUCUGGCUAUAGGAGAGAUGUUCACCAGGUUGCCUGCUAUAGCACAAGUACUGAUCAGUGGACAAAUGUAUGCCCUCUACCUGCAGGGCAUGGAGAGCCAGGCAGAGGUUUUUGUCCUUUGAAGGGGCCUCUUUUCAACCCACAGCAUGGACAGAAGAAGCACAAAAGACCUAGCUUGGCUAGCUCCUUUGCUUCAAACUUCCAGCAUGAAAUCACUUCCUUGUUCCUCUGUAAUGACCCUGUCAGCAUCAAAUCUAAUGGCCAGGAAGAUACAACCAAGUGUCUGCCUGUGGCAGUUGUAGUCCGCUGUAUAGGUCACACAGUGAGAGUGAGUGCUGUAGCAGUGACUGCAGCAAGAACGUUGGUUCAAACCCUCCUCCCAUCUGGGCAUGCAGCCAUCCUCAUAAAAGGCUUAGAAACUGUGAUCUGACUCCCACUUCUGAAUUACUAUACUGCAGGCUUUGUCAACAAGGUGGAAGACUUCUAGAAAAAUGAUCUUUGUACUGGUUAUGGUAAUCUCUUUAAUCAGAUGAACUUUUACAGAUACCAUUUGUUCACAAAUGAAAUAAUAAAUCCUUGUGGGAACUUUUUAUUA